UAAAAAUUAAAAUUUUCAAAACAAAAAGGUGCUAUUUUAGUCAUUUUAUUUUUUGAGUGUUGUUUUUGUGACAAUAACUUAAAAAGUCUAUUUGAGAGAAUUGCCUUAAAAAAAUCAUUUACUCCUUAUGUUCCUAAAUGUAGGAUGUUUCAAAAAAAAAAACAUUGAUGUUCAGGAACAGAGGAGUAUAUACCAGUGUAUUAUUUCUUAGAAACAUAAUAGUCCACUUACUAACUAAAAUGAGAAUUAAAAAUGAUCACAUAUUGUAAAUUUAAAAUAACAACAGGGUUGGAUUUUUUUUUUUUUACUAUAGGGUUUUGUGGGUUUGGUUUUGAAUUUCAGUUUGGAUAAAUCAAUUUCGUUUAUUGUAAAACUAAAAGUAAACUAUAACCGAGUUUUUGGUUCAAUUCCGAAAUAAAUAUAUACAUGUCGAUUAACAAUGAUAAAGUAAGAAGAUUUAGAAUUAUGGAAAGAAAGAAAACAAUCAAAGAAUAGUGAUGCCUAAAAGAGAUUCCAUAGCAAUGUCACAAAACGAUUUUUCUUAUAUUUUGACCAUAACUUGGUUUGAGUCUUUGACAUUGUACGGUUGCCAAGAAGAAUCAUAUUUGUACAACAAAUAAGAAAAAUAAACUGAAGCAAACGUGGUAAGCAAGAAGUUGUAUUACUUUAGUAAUUUUUUUACCUGGUAAUAUAAACGAAGGACAAGAAUCAAGAUUAUGGUUUUGGUCGUUGGUUUUGAGGAGUCUUCUUCUCGAACCGAGAUUUUCAUGCACGUGUGUUUGGUCACUACUUCGUGUUUAACAACACUUUCUUCACCAUACCAAUAUCCGCAUAAAACAAACAUUUUUUCUUUUUUGAAAAAAGGCUUUCUAACAUAAAACAAAAAUUAUUUGUUAAAACACACAAAAUGAUUGCUUUUAAAUCCUUGAUCAUCUAUCAUUAAACCUUUUUGUUUUAUUAUAAUAAGCAAUAUGCAUUUUAGUUUUAUGUCUUGUGAAUAAAUGUGUAAUGUAACCCAUAAUCGCUAAACGUACCCUCAAAGACUUAAAAGAGUUACAUAUGCUACUUAUCACAAAUAUCGAUUGGCUUUUUUUUUGGUCAAACAAAUAUCGAUAAGCUAUCUUCAAUUUGUUUGAUGAGUGUGUGUGUUUGUAGAAUUGCCAUUUAAGACUAUUUGCUAAAAUUAUGUAACAAAGGUUACGACUCUAGCUAACUAUUGCCGUUCUCAAAUGUUCUACAGAUUAGAGGUUGUAAAUAACUUACAUACUCCAUCUGUUUUUUAAUGUUACAUAUUCUAGUAUUUUCACACAUUUUAAUAAAACACAUUAAAUUUACAUAAUUUUUUGUGUUUAUCUUUGUUCCAUAAUUUUAAGCUAAUAAAAAUUCAGUACAAUUAAAUUUUUUGAAAUUUGUAAUUAGUUAAUAAAACAUGUCUUGAAAAUGUAAAAAAUAGAUUUUUUUUAAAACAAUUUUUUUUCUAAAAUAUAUAAUAUUAAGGAACAGAGUGAGUAUAUAUCAAAAAAUAAAAAAAUGGUCCAUGAUUUAUUUUUUACGUUUGUUUUUCCUUCACUGCAAGUUUUUCUAUUCACAGUUUCGAAUAUUUUUUUUUUAAAACAGUUCACAAAGGAUUAACCCAGGUACUCAGUAUUCCUGCCUCGUAAACCAAGAACCCAAGCCUACAAAAAGUGAGUAGGGGUACUAAGGUAACUUCAGCAAAAUGAUAGUAUAAUCCAUUUAUUUAAAAACAACAGUCAUUUUCGAGAAACAUAAAUGCGCUUAUAAAUUGGAAAGACAUAAAGAAAUAAAACAAAAUAAACAUUUGUUCUCUUCCACUGUCUUGUCUAAUGUCUGUAGAGUAAAGAGAUAGAGCCGACGUUACAGUUAUCUCUCUCUUCUCUCUCACACGAUCAAGAAAACUUUCACGUUCACCGGAGAAAACUAUUACUCCUGUAAGAAAACAAUUAAAGACCUAUUCAAAUGGAAAAUUUUAGAGCUUUUCCUUUCGCCGGGAAUCUAGACCCUCGAGCUCAAGAGUUCGUACCACUAAACCCUAUGUCUUCACGUUUUCACUUUCCGUACACUUCUCUCCCGCCGCCGCCGCUGCCUCCACCUCCUCCGUCGUACGGACUAUCUCCAUCGGAUCCAAGAAUGUUCACGUUCUUUAAUAUCCCACCACAUCCGAUGAUGUUUCCUCCUGCUCCUCAUCCUCCACCUCCACCACCACCACCACCUCGUCCCUGGUUUAACGGUUUUUCAGCUGUUCAACGGCCAUCUCCGCCGUCGAACUCGCCGACGCGAUCACUUUCUCUGAUCUACGUACCGCGUGACGUCACCGAGUCUACGGUGAGACGUGACUUGGAGGUGUUCGGCGACGUGCGUGGCGUGCAGAUGGAGAGAAUCUCGGAAGGAGUCGUGACCGUCCAUUUCUACGAUCUCCGUGGCGCUAAAAGAGCUGUUCGAGAGUUUUGCGGUAGACACAUGCAGCACCAAGAAAGGCUCGGUAGCAGCAGUGGAGGUGGAAGCGUUUGGAGAUCACCUUCUUCAUCGGCGCGUGGGUUUGUUUCUGGUAGACCUGUGUGGGCCCACUUUGUAGUUCCGGAUACAAACGCCGUACCCGGCGGUUGUAACCAAGGAACGUUGGUGAUAUUUAACCUAGACCCCGAAGUCUCUUCCAUUGCUCUCAGACAGAUUUUCCAAGUUUACGGUUCGAUCAAAGAGUUGAGAGAGACACCAUACAAGAAACAUCAAAGAUUCAUCGAGUUUUACGAUGUAAGAGAUGCAGUGAAUGCGUUUGACCGAAUGAAUAGUGAAGAAAUUUAUGGGAAGCAAGUUGUGAUCGAAUUUAGCCGACCAGGUGGGCUUAAGAACAAGUUCACGCCAUUUAGGCAACCGCAGUUACCGUUUCAGCCGCGACCAGUUUUAUUGACUCCUCCUUUGAAGCAGUCUGUUAUUCUGACCAAUGGUAAAAGCAAGAAUGUGAGCCCUAAUAAUGGAGUUGAUGUUGUUGAAGCUUCUAUGCGUUCGUUGUGUGACAUCGAUGAUGAAGCAGAACCUGAAACAAAGAGCAAGAACGUGGCUAAGUUGGGGAGGAAAAAGCAGAUGAAGAGCAUGGAACUAAGUCAGUUUCUUAUCAGUGAAGAAACAAUGAAUGAUCCAAGUUGCAGAGAUCCACGUACCACUUUGAUGAUAAAGAACAUACCAAACAAGUACAGUCAAAAGCUGCUGUUGAAUAUGCUGGAUAAUCACUGCAUUCACAUCAACGAAGCUAUCACCGAGGAGGAGAGGGACGAACACAAAGCUCAUCAUGAUCAGCCAAUUUCUUCUUAUGAUUUCGUGUAUCUCCCGAUGGAUUUCAACAACAAGUGCAAUGUUGGUUAUGGAUUUGUGAACAUGACAUCCCCGGAGGCAGCUUGGAGGCUUUACAAGGCGUUUCAUCGCCAGCGUUGGGAGAUUUUUAAUUCGCAUAAGAUUUGCCAAAUCACAUAUGCGAGAGUUCAGGGUUUGGAGGAUCUAAAGGAACACUUCAGGAGCUCAAGGUUUCCGUGCGAGGCCGAACUGUACCUUCCGGUGGUUUUUUCGCCUCCACGAGACGGGAAGCAGUUAACGGAACCUGUUUCUAUCAACAUCAACGACUGCACCGGGCUCAAUAAUAUUCAUCAUCUCGAGCCUAUUGACGGUCCAGAUCACUCUGUGGGUGGUUCAUGUUGCGGUAGUGACAAUGAUAACAGUCAGGAAGAUGGAUUAUCCGGCAAUAACAUAGAUGGUGGACGGAGUUUCACGGUGGUAGGAGCGACAUCUUUCUAGAAGUUGUUUGUAAUGUAAACCAUAAAUAUAUGAAAGUGUAAUUAGACAAAUCAUGUUGUUUAUGUUUUAUGCGUGUUAUGUUGUCUCAUUCUAAAUUAUAUUUUCGACGCGAUUUACUUAUCAAGCAAAGUUCUGAAAAGUGAUAGUUUGGGUGAAUGUCUGAAUGAGCAAAGUAACAAUGAAUUCCAACUUGUUAUUUUUCUAAAACUUUUUGCAUGCGGAAUCGUCAAUAUAUUUUGUAGUCAUAUUUUCUCUCUUGGAUAGUGUGAUGUAGGAUGGCAUAAUAUGACUAAAUUUUAUUAAAUUUAAGAAUAAAACUUGCAUCAAAUGAUGUCAUUGGAGCUAAGAAUAACAAUUACAACAUGUUGUUUUCAAACACUCUAAUUUUUUGUUUGGUUACAAUUGAGAAUAUGUCCAUAACACAACCUAUUUGUUGAUAUUUAUUUUACAAAAUGAAUUCAUGGUUAUAUAAUAUAUAUCAAAUGAUGUUAAACGUCAUAACCUUAUUGUUUCUUGUAGGACAAAUGAUUAAGAAAUUAAUAAUAUUAUGUCAUUAAAAUUCAUUAUUUUUAAAUGAUAAGGUGGAAAAUGGGUGGUAAACUAGAAAUGGUUGACCUAGGGUAAGAGUUCCUUUUCAGGCAAAGAUACUAGUCUUUGUUCUAGUGUUUAUAGCUGUCUUAUUCAGUGACCUGCUGAAAGGGACAGCAGAUAACUCUGUGCUAGUGAUGAUCACAAUCUGUAUUUCCCUCUGGUUCGUGGGGUUUCGACACGUGUUGAUAUCUUCACCGUUCGUAUCGUUCAUGGCAGAGUUGAUAGGGAUCGUUGACUACAAGUUGUAAGUUGUAAGUUGUAAGUUGUAACCUUCUGAUGUAUAUUUGCUAAUUUUUUAUUAUUUUAAAGCCUUUUUAGAGUGACGAAAAAGAACAAUGCAAUCCAAGUAGAAUUGGAAAUCAUGCUAUUUUAGAUUUAUUGGGUCUGUAAAUUUUUUUAAAAUCCAUCCACUUAGAAUUGAAGAUCAUUUUAACUUCUCUGUGUGUUUGGUUGGUAUAAAUGUUAUACCAAAUCCAACAACACAAAUUCAUUUAUUUUCUGGAAAAAAACACAAAUGAUGUUCCAAAAAAGACCAGCCAAGGUCAACCAGGAUUGAGGAUUUUGACAUGGCCUUGUCGUUUAAACAUAUGUUAACAAUCUAAUGAUAUAAAUUGAAAUUCAAGGUCAUAAGAGAUAUUUCCAGUGGAUUUCACAAUUACAAAGAAAAAUCUAUCAAUCAUAAGUAAAAUUUUAAUUUAAGAAAAUAUAUUUUUGUUUGUAAUCCAUGUUCACCUAAUGAAUUGUCUUUUUUUUUCAUUUCUGCUCUUUCUCAAAUGCACUAGUAAUAUGAUAAAGGCGGCCCACAAGAAAAUCCAAAUUGAAUAUAAUCCUUUUAACAAUAUGGGCCUAUAAUCAUAAGGCCCAUUAACGACAUUACCCUAAUCUCUCUCUCUCGCUAUAAGAGCAAGAUCCUCUAUGAUCAUUAAUCCUUCAAGUCCCAGUCAAGCCGCCUUCUUCCUCUUUCAUAUGUUCAUCUGUUUUCAAUAAUUUUGUUGUGUUUUCGUUUGUGGUAAUUGAGAAUCACUCGCUUUCGAAAGGCGUUGCGCUCUUCGUGUUGGGAUUCAGUUUCCCUGAAGGGCGUGUCACCGGAAGCGUACAUUCAAAACCUUCAAUUCGAUCGAUAGGGAUGUGUUAUUCGGAUUCGUUCGAAUUAACAAACCUCGAUUCCGUUGGCUUAUAUUCCAAAUUCGCCGUCGAUUUAUCGUUUUGAGAAAUUUCGAAUUUUAAAUUAAUUAAUUUUUGGAAAUGGAUUGGGUUUGGGGAUAAGGAUUUGCUUCAUAAUGGUGAACUCUCUUAGAUUAUAAAAAAGUGAGAGAUGUUCAAGUUUCCGGAGCAAAGAUCAAUUUGGCCAGAAUUAAACAGCUCUGUGUUUUUCUCUUCAAUGUUCACAGUGUUACCUGUCUUCUGGUAUAUUCCUUAUUUUAUUACCAACUUAUCCCAUC